AUGAAGAGCCAGGAGUGUGAAAAAGACCCAGACAAAGUCAGGCAGGGGAGGGAGGCGACGGGCCGGGUCCCGGUUCCGCUGUCCGUGCCCCGCUCCCCGCGGCCGGCUCACCCGGAGCGAGCCCCUCCCCUGCGGGGCAGAGCGGAGGCUGCGGCCCGAGGCGGCCCCGCUCCUCUCGCCCGCUUUCACUUUCGUUUCCGUUUCCGUCGCUUUCCCGGGCGGGGCUCCCCGGCCAUGGCGCUGGCGACCCAGGCUCUGCAGGUGCUGUGCGCCAGCGGCGGCUCCCUGGAGCAGGGCGAGCUGCGGCGGCGGAUGCCGAGCCGGCCCUCGGCCGACUGCCUGGCGGCCGUGCUGCGGGACAGGCAGCGCUUCACGCUGGUGCGCCGGCCCGGCCAGGCGGCGGAGGCCGAGGUAGCCGUGGUGGUGGCCACCAGCCCCCUGCGGCUGUGCCCGGAGCACGGCGCGGGCUGCCCGGGGCAGUGCGGGCGGCUGCACCUCUGCAAGUACCACCUGAAGGGCUUCUGCCGCAACCAGCUGGCCAGGAAGGGAUGCAGGUUUGUUCACAACUUCUACUCAGACCACAAUCUCAGUGUUCUAAAGCAGUAUGGACUUGAGAAUUUAAACCGUGAUGAACUUUGCCAGCUUCUGCUUCAAAAUGAUCCUUCCCUCUUACCAGAGGUCUGCUUGCAUUAUAACAAAGGUGAUGGACUUCAUGGAUCUUGUUCAUUUAAAUCAUCCUGCAGCAAACUUCAUGUUUGUCAGUACUUUUUGCGGGGUCAGUGCAGAUUUGGCAGCAGCUGCAAACGGUCCCAUGACUUAUUAAAUCCAGAAUGUUUUGAGAAACUGGAGAGACAGGGAAUGAGCUCAGACAUUAUUGAGAAACUACCUUCCACUUAUAGAAACAUGUAUGACAUUAAAAAUGGCAACAAAAAUGUGUAUGACACAGAAGAUGCCAUGUCCUCAACAUGCAAAGACAAAAAACCCAGCACUGGAUGGGAUUCCUCAGCUACAAAGGACGAUGAACCAGAACAGAUAUGUUUACACCAUCUGUACAGAAGCUGUAGCUUUAAAGGAAAGUGUACCAGAACCCACUUUCGCUUGCCAUAUAGAUGGCAGUACUCUGAGGGUAAUACCUGGAAGGACUUCAUGAAUAUGGAAGAAAUAGAAAAAGCAUAUUGUGACCCAAAAAAUGUCAGAUUUGAUUAUGCUCUUGCUCAUGAAAAAGUCUUUUUCCCAUUCUGUGUCUGUUUCGACAAUAUGUCCUGUGGGUUGCAAAAAGUCAGACGUCUUUCUACAGCCUCCUCUGUGACCAAACCCCCUCACUUCAUUCUUACAACAGAAUGGAUCUGGUACUGGAAAGAUGAAUAUGACACGUGGCAGGAGUAUGGAAAACAAAAUGAUCUUCAUGCAGCUGCUACUGUCUCCAGUGAAGACCUGGAGAAAGCUUAUUUGGCUGAAAGUUCUCCAAAGCUGACCUUCAAAGCUGGAAGACAUGAAUAUGAAAUAAAUUUUGUGUCCAUGAUGCAGAAAAACCUUCACUACAGAACAGAAAGGAAGAUUUGCAGAAGACCUAAAUUUGUCUCUCCGGCAGAGGUGGAAAAGAAGACAAAAGCCAGGGGUGUUAAGCAUACAGAAGGGUUUAAGAGCAUUCCAGCUCACUGGGACAAAUCUGCCCUGCCUGAACUGGGAUUCAAGCUGAUUGAGCUUGACUGUUCUUCUGAGGAAUACAAGAAAGUCAAAUUGGACUUCCAGCGCACAAUGCCCAAAGCAACUAUUAAAAAGAUUUGUAGAGUUCAGAACCCAUCCCUCUGGGAAUUGUAUCAAUGGCAGAAGGACCUAAUGCAGAAGAGCAAUGGUGGAAAGGCCGCAGAUGAGCGAUUUUUGUUUCAUGGGACCAGUAAAAAAGACAUUGAUGCCAUCUGUCAGCAAAAUUUUGACUGGAGAAUCUGCGGCCUUCAUGGGACAGUCUACGGCAAAGGAAGCUAUUUUGCAAGGGAUGCAUCUUAUUCUGACAACUACUGUGGGACAGACUCACACACCAAGACCAUGUUCCUGGCACGAGUGCUGGUGGGGGAGUUCACUCUUGGUAGUUCUGAUUACGUUCGGCCUCCCAUGAAGGACAGCCAAAACUUCUAUGACAGCUGUGUGAAUAACUCUUCAAAUCCUUCUAUCUUUGUCAUCUUUGAGAAGCAGCAGAUUUAUCCAGAGUAUCUCAUAGAAUACCAGACAUUUGCAAGACUUAUAUAGCAGCAAAACCUGUCAUCCUUAUGUUUAACUGGUUUAAACAUUUUUUUAGUUUUGGCUUAAGAGAAAAAAUUAUUUAGAAGAGGCUGUGUAAUCAGAUAGGCGAGUGUUCAGAAACAUUUUUCCUCUGUGUUUUCUGUGCAAUAGAAAACAAGGCAUAAAAAGACAUAGAGGAUGUUUUAGAAUUCAUAAAAUCUUGUUUCUGUAUCUAUUUUUAGCAGCUUUCACAUUACCCUACACUAUGAGAGCCUUUCAUAAAUUUAUUAGAAGAAAUUGCUGAUGGUUGUAGCAUGAGAAUUGGCUGUGACUGCCAAAUUUAAACAAUUUUUAGUUAUUGUUCCAGGAUAGGUUUUUACAUGUGCUCAUUGGUCAGAGGCACUAUCCUUCUAUCUGUUUAUCUUUUAAGUCAAAAUUGAAUAAAACACAGUUUUUUAGUAAUCUGUUUCCUGUAACAGUAGACAUUCAGGUGUUUGCAAACAUGAUUGUACAAAAUCUGUGCUCAACUCAUUGCAUAAAUUCUGAGUAGCCCUCUUAUUUUUUGUCCCUACUUAAUCUGCACCAACAAAACCUCAAAAAUUAAACUAGCUUGUUGAAAAAGAACAGAAACUUAUUUUCAUUUGUUGAGUUUCUCAUUUAAAACAAGUACCAAAGAUACAAGCAUAACAGGCUGCUUGGUGCUGUGUAACCCAGUUGAUUUACUCUAUCAAACAAAUACUGUAUUUUACUGAGAACACAAGUUUUUCAUUACUUUCACUGUGCUUACAAACAAAAGAGUGUUGGCAGGUGCCAUGGAGGAAGCAGAGGAAGCAACUCACGCUGUUAUUAAAUAUCAUACUUAGGAGGGAGAUAUACUGCUUGUCCUGCUUGGUUAUCAGUACCUUGUUCCUGUGGAUGAGCCUUAUGGUUCCCUUACAGCUGUUGGGAAGGAUGGUCUCUCAUUAGGUGUUCUGCCUCUUUGGGUCCAGGAGAUUCACAGAUUUCCUGUGUUAUCAAACUGUUGUUGGACUUUUUUCAGGAAAAAUGUACUUGCCUAGAAAGUGGUCUUCAGCCAGAGAACUGAAACCUUUAAAAUCUGAAGAUUAGGUUGAAUAUUUAAUUAUUCCUAUCAGAAGAAGAUAAUAGUGUUGAGCAGUCAUCUUACAUGUGUGCUAUCAAAAAACUUGAGGUAUCCAAUAUUUUUUUAAGAUUAAAGUUGCUGAUGCAUAGAGACUUUAUCAUAGUAUUUUCAUGCUAAAGUAGCUAUAAAUUAGGUAUACUAUACUGCAGAAGCCUUAAGAAAUACUUUGUGUAUGACCUAAAAAAACUCUUAUUUAGCUACAUUCUGUUUAUUUCUUUUUAAUUCAUCUGGAUGAUGACUGACAGGUGUUCACUGGGUAACUAUUACUUCAGCACUGUGAGCCAGGAACUUUGCCAUGAUUAGCUGGAGUAAGGCUGUGCAGACCCCUUUUUAUGUGAACUGCAAAUCUUGAAGCAUGAUACCUAAAGGAAGAUAACUCCUAUUUGUGUUUAAUCCCAGUGUAACACAGGAUAGGGAAAGGCAAAUUAACUGUAUUAUUACUUUUGAAAAAUUUGUAAUAGAACAUAAGUGAUAAAUCUCAUGUCAGCAGAUGAGCUCAUCAGCAAAUAGUACAUUCAUUAAGGAGGAUAACAGGUAUGGAGGAAAGCUUUCUGAUGUGUUCUCUUUUCUGCCAAAACAAAAAACAUGUUCAUCUACAUGUUAAUGGCAAAUGAGAAUACUGGUCGUAUGCAUUUCUUCCUCUGAACAUAACCAGAAUUUCAGGUAAGAACUAGAAUAGAUAAAGUCAUGCUAAUCUUCUGCCAGAAAAUUGAAACAAACAUUCCUUUUCAGACAAAAAGUUUAAAUAUUUUUAUUGACAUUUUUUAUUGUAUUUUUAAAACCUCUAACUUGAUUCUUGGAGAGGAUGUGUGUAUGCUUGUGUGUGUGUAUGAGUGUAAGUAAAACAGUGAAUAAAAUGCCUGGUUGUAGUACUUUGUCAUCUGUUAUUUCUCCAUUAUCACAGAAAAAGCAAAGCUGCUGUGUUUUCCACUUUUGAAACCGCAGGGGUAACUUUGUGUACAGUAA